AUGACAACAACCCAAGACGCAGCCCAGCUGGAGCUGGGCUCCCACAAUCGCAGCGUGGUGCCAGAGUAUGCCGUGGUGGAUGAAGAGUCAGGAGAGCAUGCGCUAGCAGGCACCACUCCAUCUCCUCCUUCCAGCUCCGAGAAUGGACAGGAUGCAAAGGAAGUCUUUGCCCAGACUGCUGCUACUCCUGCCGCCGCCGCUCCCAAGACGCAGACCACGACGCUCCGCAAAAGAGCCAGAAGCUUUUCCAAUAGCGUCAAUGUUCCAAACUUUCUGAGACCUUCCAAGUCCAAGUUCGGCGGUAAGAUUACGCGUUUCACCAGCAAACACCUCAACUUUUACCGCAUUCACGUAACCUUCUUCGUCCUCACGCCUCUCAUCGCUUCUGCCAUCUUCUACGCCGCUAAUCAAGAUGUUCACAUCAAGUACAUUGAUGCUCUAUUCCUCUGCGUCAGCGCCAUCACAGUCACUGGUCUGACGACGAUCAACAUCAGCACGGCGACAGGCUUCCAACAAGCUAUCCUGUUCCUGCUGAUGUGCGUGGGCAAUGUCGUCGCUGUUAGCGUGACGAUGGUAUGGACCCGAAGGCGCUUCUUUCGCAGAAGAUUCGAGGAUCUGGUAGCGAAGAAUGCGGCUGCGAGAAAGAAGGUCCGCGAUGUCGAGGAGGCGGACAAACGUGAGGGGGGACGAAUGCAUCGUUUGCGCCGCAUGAUGAAGGGCGGGGCAAACGAUAGCGACGGGUCGAGACAGAGCACGGAUGAGAGCGGGCAUGCUCCGGAACCGCGAAAACACUCGACCAAACGCAAGGGGCCGCUCACUUCGGACAUGAUUAGAAGAACGGAUCAGCCUGCAGUACUCGUCAACCCGAUGGGCAUGCCAUCCACUGCACACCCUCGCUCAGGCUCGGAAGAGCGCGUGGCAUCUCGUCCGUCCGUCGCAACAGAGGCACCUCGAGGCAUCCUGGCACCGAUGGACGAGACACCGGCUGUCGGGCCCUCGGCGGGCCCUACAGGUAGCGUGCGCAUCGCUGAGCCAAAUCGCUUCUUGCGUGGCUUGCCGGUGCACGACAGCCCCGUGGAGCAGACAGAGACCGCAUUUCCAAGCAGCGCUCCCGCUCGACGCACAACCUUUUCUGGAGGCAGCGAUCCGCCCUUGGGCGGCGCGAAUCAGAGCGAUCCACCCGCACAAGCUCCUCACACUGCCGACCCGUUCCGCGCACGUUUUGACAGUACUGCAGACCAGCGCUCUCGUCGCUUGUCUGAUCCACCCACUCAGCAUCAUAUGCGCCGAGGAUCGGACGGCGCUCUGGCGGCGGGUGGCCUGAGACCACCGGCAUUCAACUUCCCUCGGAGUCAAACUGUAGAGUUUGCCGAGCCUCCACCGAGGAUGACCCCGGCGGAGAGGUCCAGCACUGGCGUUGCGGGACGAGAUGGUCUUCGCCAUCGCAACACAAAUCUUGACUUCGAGCGCACGUACUCGGCGCGCUCGCACACUCGCAGGAGUGCCACGGGCGUCACGCUGACGCGAACUCCUACCACAUCCAAGGAGCGUGGCUUUGGAGGGUUCCCUACCCCUGUCGAGCUUGCUGGCAUGGCCCUGAAACGCAUGGCUCCUAAACUGAAUCGCCAGUUUACGCGCAGCAUGACCAUGCCACGCACAUCGACUUUUGCUUCCACACACUCCGGCGGAGCGGAUACGACCAAUGGCCGAAGUGCGCCUUACCUAAGCUUCGACGCUACGGUCAGUCGGAACUCCCGCUUCUUGGAGCUCAGCGAGCAUCAGCGCGAGGAGCUGGGGGGCAUCGAGUACAGAGCUAUCGACAUGCUCUGCACUCUGGUCCCAGCCUACUGGUUGUUCGUCGUCUUUCUCUUCAUCGUGAUGGUCGCGCCUUGGCUGGCAUCUCGAAGCGCUGCGGCAAAGUUCUACCAGGUCAGGGAGACGCAAGCGCCGCACGAACCGGAUUCCACAUGGUUUUGGUUUUUCAAUGUGGUCUCUGCAUUUAGCAAUACGGGCAUGUCUCUUAUCGACACGAGCAUGAUCAACAUGGCCGAUCAGUACUUCAUGCUGAUCCCUCUCGGGACCCUCAUCCUUGCCGGCAAUACUGGCUUUCCAAUCCUCUUUCGAUUCAUGAUUUGGUUCCUCUCACGGAUCGUACCGUCCACGGGUCGCACUUACGAAACUCUCCGAUUCCUCCUGGAUCACCCUCGAAGAUGCUUUGUCUAUCUCUUUCCGUCUGCCCAGACUUGGUUCCUUCUGUUUGUCCUGGUCGUCCUCAACUGCACCGAUUGGGUGGCAUUCCUCGUACUCGAUCUUGGCAAUCCAAUCAUCAAGGCGAUCCCUGUUGGACAGCGAGUGUUCGAUGGUCUCUUUCAAUCCAUCGCCGUGCGUGCUGCCGGUUUUCAAGUCGUCAGCCUGCUUUCGCUAGCUCCCUCGGUCCAAUACCUGUACGUAGUCAUGAUGUACAUUUCGGCCUAUCCCAUCGCAAUGUCGGUGCGCAACACAAACGUGUACGAGGAGCGCGCUCUCGGCGUUUACGAGGACGACCAGACCUCCGAAUUUGGUGACGAGGAGCCUACGACGGGUGGCGCGCGUGUUUGGGGUACAUACCUCGCUGCGCACGCUCGAAGACAACUCGCCUUCGACAUGUGGUGGCUUGGAUUCUCUAUCUGGCUCGUUUGCAUCAUCGAGAGGACUCAAAUCGAGGACAGCAACACCAAUGGAUGGUUCACCAUCUUUUCCUGCCUCUUUGAGCUCACCAGCGCUUAUGGAACGGUCGGUCUAAGCACAGGCACUCCUGUCGACAACUUUAGCCUUUCGGGACGUUUCCGCACCCUUUCCAAAUUGGUCGUCUGCGCCGUUAUGCUCAGAGGCAGGCACCGCGGACUUCCAGUCGCCAUCGAUCGAGCCGUGCUGCUACCUGGAGAGAUUGAGGAGGAAGACAACAACCCAUUGUACAGCGGUAGCCAGGAUGAUCCGAUGCAGAUGCGAAGCGGCACUGGGAGUCUGCGAAUGCACCCGUCCAUCCCAGUCACCCGCUCGUACACUCAGAAUAGCGUGGGAGGACAUCUGAGCAAGGGCAUGGAUGAAAAGCAGGGUGUGCUGCCGGGCAGCGAUGGCCCGCACGAGGAUUUGGGAUCGGCUGGUUCGCAGUAUGCUACGUAUCAGGACCAAGGCUACGGCCUUGCUCCCACUUUGGCCCCAAUCAACGAGACGCCUACGCCCACCGCGCCGGCGCUGAGCAGGGAGGCGAGCAACCAAGCGGAUCAGCGUCAGUCUGCAAUCGAAGCAAGCACUUCGGCCGCGGGUAGCGACAACAGCAGCAGCGCUGCUCUUGCUCGUCAAAAGAGUCCCGAGUAUCAGAGUCUGAGCCAGGACGAACAGGAUUCACAAGACGAGCAGAUUGGUCGUCAAUUGGCUAGAGCACCCGAUCCUCAAGAAGCAGAGACUCCGGCAGGUGCUGUCAAAGCUUCUUACGAGCGAGCAGAGGUCAUCGAGAAGAUGAGCAGUGGAAGCUCGGCUUCUACUCCUUCGGCGUCGCAGCUGGAGAAUAAGCCGAAGGGUGAAUAA